AUGGGCAUAAGCCCUUGGUCUAGAGAUGUAGUCUUGGCAGUUCGACGCGGAUUGUUCAUCAUCGACCUGGAAGCACCAUUCAAAGUUCCGUGUUUCCUUCCUCAGGGCGGAACUUGGGAUGUGGCUGACGUGCAGUGGAACUCCAUUACCGAUAUCAACUGGCACACGACUGAGAGGGACACAAUUCCUGAAUAUGGGCCUGGGACAUGCGUGAACCUCCGUAAAUCAAUUUUUGGUUUGGGUGCGUUCAGCUCACCUGGGACCCUGAUCAAUUGGAACUGCCAAAACUCUCACAUCCUCGCUUCCUCGCAUGCGGACAAGGUUCUCAUCUGGGACCGAAGGAAAGGCAGUCUGCCUACCAAACCAACGGAAAUCGUAACGUGCUCGUUAGACAAAACCAUCAAAGUCUGGGACUCAAAAACGAUGACUUUGAGAACCAGGAUUAAGACCGGGUGCCCUGUUUGGCGUGCACACGGUCUUCCAUUCGGUCGUGGUGUCCUUAGUCUCGCACAACGCGGCGAAACUGCCUUGGAGAUGUUCUCUCGAGAACCAAGGAUUAGGCCCUGUUUCCAAGGGCAUUCUGAUGUCGUUAAGGAAUUUGUCUGGAGGAAAGGUGCUAAUGAUACUGUUUUUCAACUCAUCACUUGGUCCAAGGAGCGUACUUUGGAUUCUGGCCCGUGGACUCCGAUAUGA